AGUCAAUCCAGCCAAGCCUUUUAGGUGUUGCAGCCCUUUAACACGGCACUUCAGGCCGAUUGUUGAACUUGCAGCACCAGAAUAUCCAGUAAUGUUGCAUCACAGGGUGUUUGCUCACACUAGGGCCACCUGUCUGAGAGGUAUGCUGCCAUGCGACACACGUUACUGACUUUAGUCGUCGAAUGGAUUCAUAAGGAACUCAGCGACUCCGUGUUUGUUUUCAUGUUUUAAUUUAUCUUUCACAAUUCAACAAAACUCAGAAUGAAUGUAUUACACUUUAGUGGAUAUGUCUUCACUGCUGCUAUUCUAAUGGGACACUGUGUGUUACGAGCAUCAUCCCAGACUCCCGAGGGCCAGCCUGACAACUUCAUAGGGUUUGCCGCGGCUCCUGACAAAGUGGCAGACGGCUCGCCGGUCUAUGUGCGGUACUUUUGCUCGGGGCCGUGUCGGCUCACGGUGGAGGUGGUGGUGUCCACAUUAAGGAAGACGGAUGUAGUGGUCUUCAGGACGAAAUGGAUCAGCAGCACGCCCGGAGUCUUCAUGAUCCAGGAGGUGCUGCUCAGAUUCCCUCCAUCCGUUUUAUAUCGACGGGACUUUUUCAACAGGCGUGUUCUGGACGUCCAGAGUGUGGCAGUUCGUGGUUGGUUAACCCGUCUUAACGACGGCGGGGAACCCGGGACGUACUAUGACUCCACGUUGAGGAUUUAUAAAGUGGUGCAGAUGGAGCAGCUCUCAGAGCGACCGGCUAAACCUCCCACUGAAUGCCCUUCAUGGUCCGCUCAGCUGAUAUGGCAGAUGAGCAGAAACAGAAUUCAUCAUUGUCCACAUGAGUCAGAUGUGAUCGAUAUGCUGACGUUCCCCCUGGCGAGUGCUGGUGAUUACUACGGAGUGGUCCGCAGAUUCCAGCCUUUUAUCGACCGAGGCCUGGAGAGCGCCCGUCUUCACGCUGUGACACAGUCCAGAGUCACCUUAUCUGUGUGGAUCUACCUGCUGAAAUGGUGUCACCAGACGCACUGUGGGAUCAUCCAUCACUUUGCUAGGAACAACGUGUACGACUCGGUCCUGAUGCAGCUGACAGACACAGGGGACGUCAUAAUUCAGGCACGUGUGACAACAGGAGAACAUAAAGCUUUCCGGGCCAGCACGGAGUUGCCCCGGUGGAAAUGGAUUAGAUUGGACUGUUACAUACACAACUCAAUGGUGCUGCUGCAUACAACAUGGGAUGAUGAAACCCGCAGUUAUGAAUUUGAGUUUCACAACAGGAUCCAUUAUGAUGACACCGAGGGAUACUUUGUGAUCGGAGGGAGCAGGUACAUGCCGGGCAUCCAGGGCUAUUUUGGGCCUAUCAAGUUCUACCGUUUGGGAACUGCAGUGGUAAAAAACCACCAUCACCCCGAGUCACUGCUACAGGAGCUGGAUAAGACUCAUCAGGAGUGUGAGAGAAUGAAAGCAGUGACAUGGGCUUUUCUCCAACAACUAACCGAGAGUCACCACCUGCCACCAAUCAACACGGGAGCCUGCACGCCUCACUUCGUAAGACUGUGGGGUUGGUAUGGAGGGAAAAUGAGCACGCAAACAUGGAGCUGGGAACAACAACUUAAAUACAGCACACUUUUUAAUUUCUUGCAUGCAAAAGAGGAAAUCAGAGCAGGAUUUCUGAGCUUGAAAGACAUCAGCACUGCUUUGUUUGAGGAGGCAGUUGGUACAAUGUUCACUGCACGAAAUAAAAUCACAUUCAGAUCGACGGCUCUGCUCAAAGCGUCCUCCUGCUUUGGAAAUCACAAAGCGUCUCUCUUGUUGGCCGCCGUCCACCUGUCUGGCCUGGCGGGGCAGCCGGUCGAUGAACAACAGGGUCACGUCUACAGUUUGAUUGGUGCGUCGGGCGAUAACCGCUUCGCCCUGAUGCAUGCUGGGUACAAGCACACACAGGGGAUUGAUGGGUUUCCUAAAGACUUGGACAUGGCUUACAGCUACUACUCCAACGCUGGGACACAGAGCGUCGAUGAUAGUUCCAGGAUGCAUGAAAAUGAGCAACACGCUGUUGAACACAUCUAUCUGAGCAAUCCAGAGGAUUUAAACAGCCUCAACCACGAGAGCAGUGACGUCAUCCAGUUCAUGAAGUACCAAGCAGAGAGGGGAGACGUUGAAUCUCAGAGACGCCUGGGAACGCUUUUCUACUGGGGACAACAUGGAGUCUCUAAGGACCUAGCGAGUGCGGUGAAAUGGUUUGAAAGAAGCGCUCUGCAGAUGGGGGAUCCUUCAGCGAUGUACGACUACUCCCUCAUGCUGAUGAAGGGAGAGGGAGUGAAAAGAAACCAAAGCCGAGGUUUGAAGCUGAUGGAGAAAGCUGCAGCGAUGGGCUCAAUUAACGCCCUGAAUGGUUUGGGCUGGUACCAUGGGAUUAUACUGAACGACCACAAAAAAGCAAUGAAAUACUUUGAGCAGGCGGCGCUGAACGGGAGCGCUGAUGGGAUGUUUAACCUGGGACUUUAUCAUAUCAACGGGGAGAACCCGGAGAGGCCGCGGAAGAACGAGACGGCUGCGUUCCUGCUGUUCCUGAACGCGUCUCGGCUCGGUCAUGUAGUGGCAUCGGUGGAGGCGGCUUGGUACCUUUCGACAGGAAGCCUGGAAGGGGUGUCUCAGGAUGUGGAGAGGGCUGUGAUAAUGCUAAAAAAGGUGUGUGAAAAGAACGGACACCUUGGAUUUAUGAUCAGAGACGCUCUCCAGGACUACCUCCGGGGCGCUCGACGGGGAGCGUUUGUGAAGUAUGUUCUGGCAGCUGAAACUGGUCUGGGUUUGGCCCAGAGCAAUGUUGCACACCUGUGUGAGGAACUGAAUCUCAGUAAUGAUUGUCAGUGGAGAUAUCACAACUACUCUAUAUUAAACCAUGAUCCACAUCCAUCCGCUCUGCUGAAAAUGGGAGACCACUACUACGGUUCCUCAUUAUCCUCGGUCGGUCGAGCCAUAUCGAUGUAUGGCAGAGCCGCUCUAGCAGGCAGCCCUCAGGGAAUGUACAACUUGGUCCUUUUGGCACAACAAGGACACGUUCUUCCACCGAGCGUCCACGGCUUGUUUAACGUGUCACAUGAUGGCGAGCAGGACAUCGUGGUGAAGAUCUUAAAAAGAUGUGUGGAGACGGAGGAAGACGGAGCAGUGACGCCCUGUUCUUUAGCUCUGCUCCGAGUCCAGAUGGGGAAAGCCUUGAGGAGGAUGACUCAGAACGGUGCACAGCUCCUCUUGGCAUAUGCAUCUCUCAUCUCUGUUGUUGUCAUUGCUGUCACUGUGCCACUGCAGAGCUGUCUCGCACAAAGGGUUCCCAGUCGCCGGGUGUUUGCACAGAGGACCGUCAGCCAAGACGAUGUGAAUAGAGAGCAAGAUGGCAUUAUGGGAGGAACCCACGGAGUGGCGGGGAAUCUAAGGCUUACCGCGGUGAAUGGCGAGCGGUGGCUCCGGCAGGCCUGCGAUGUGGCCGUGACUCUGUCGGGCGUGUGCCUGUGUGCCUUCUGGACCGCACUCCUCUAUCAUCUCUUAUGACAUACAAUAGCCAGCACAGUGAUCCAAUAGCCACAGCAAAAGCCUGCAGACACUACACACACCGUGAGAGCAUACAUUUAGAGGAUGAGCUACGGCGAGCUAUUCAUGUGACACAUUCGUGUUUCGGAGACAUGUGACUCAUUUGAGACAGGAAGAGAGAGAAGUGCUGCUUUAUCAGACUGCUGAUAAUGUUUCCUCAGUAACCAGUUCCAUUGUUUUGUUUGUGGAAAAUAAAAUACUUAUCAUGCAGUUCAUUUAAUUAA